AUGAACAAAAGCAUAUGGCAAGCUGAGAGAACGAGUAACGGCCACGAUUGCUUGUUGAAUCUGAUGGAACCUUACUCUUUCGGCAGUCUAGGUCGGGCAGUGUAUGCAGUGAAUCUCACAUCAGCGAAUAUGGCAGGAAAGUCUCUCUGGCAGAAGUACAAGAGCUCGAACCCACGCACCCGGAUUAAGCUUGGGCUUGCUGGAAUUUGCUUGUCUUUGGUGGGAUUGGCCAUGUUUCCAGGAGAGCCGGAGGCUGCGAGGCCACUGAUCAAACGGGAAGCAAACUCCAAGCAUUAG